AUGAGCGUCGUCGGCGUUGACUUUGGUGCCCAGAGCACCAAGAUUGGUGUCGCGCGCAACAAAGGUAUCGACAUUAUCACAAAUGAGACCUCGAACCGAUCUACACCAUCCUUGGUUGGCUUUGGUCCAAAGAGCCGAUAUCUGGGUGAAGCCGCAAAGACCCAGGAGAUUUCGAAUCUCAAGAACACCAUCUCCUCGCUGAAACGCCUCGCCGGCCGAAGCAUUAAUGACCCCGAAAUCGCCAUCGAGCAGCAGUACAUUACUGCACCUCUGGUGGACGUCAAUGGCCAGGUGGGCGCCGAAGUCACAUACCGUGGGGAGAAGCAGAAGUUCACCGCCGUCCAAUUGAUUGCCAUGUAUUUGGGGAAGAUCAGAGACACGGCCAGCAAGGAAUUGAAACUCCCUGUCUCGGACGUGGUCAUCAGCUGCCCGCCCUGGUUCACGGAUGCCCAGCGAAGAGCAAUGCUAGAUGCGGCCGAGGUUGCCAACCUGAAACUGCUCCGGCUCAUCAACGACAACACGGCCAUUGCCUUGGGCUACGGCAUCACAAAAUCCGACCUUCCCGAAGCUGAUGCUAAGCCACGUCGGGUGUGCUUUGUGGACAUUGGAUACAGCGACUACACCUGCUCCAUUGUCGAAUUCCGCAAGGGUGAACUGGCCGUCAAGGCCACCACCUUUGACCGACAUUUCGGUGGACGCAACAUCGACAAGGCUCUUGUCGACCAUUUUGCCGCGGAAUUCAAAGAGAAGUUCAAGCUUGACAUCACCACCAACCCAAAGGCCAUAACUCGGGUAGCCGCAGCUGCCGAGAAGCUGAAAAAGAUCCUCUCCGCCAAUGCCCAGGCCCCCCUCAGCAUUGAGUCUUUGAUGGACGACAAGGAUGUCCGAGCCAUGUUGAAGCGUGACGAGAUGGAAGAACUCAUCAAGCCUCUCCUCGAUCGAGUCACCGGCCCGCUUGAACAGGCUCUUGCCGAAGCCAAAGUAAAGAUUGAGGACAUCGACGCCAUUGAGAUGGUGGGUGGGUGCACUCGCGUGCCGGCCAUCAAGGACCGAAUCAGCAAGUUCUUUGGCAAGCCUCUCUCCUUCACACUCAACCAGGACGAGGCUGUCGCUCGGGGUUGCGCAUUCAGCUGCGCCAUUCUCUCACCGGUCUUCCGAGUUCGAGAUUUCUCGGUCCACGAUAUCGUCAGCUACCCGAUUGAAUUCACCUGGGAGCAAUCACCCGAUAUUCCCGAUGAGGAUACGAGCUUGACUGUCUUUAACAAGGGCAACGUCAUGCCCUCCACCAAAAUCCUUACAUUCUACCGGAAACAACCGUUCGACCUCGAAGCGCGGUACGCCAAGCCGGAAUUGCUUCCCGGAAAGAUCAACCCCUGGAUCGGGCGCUUCUCGGUCAAGGGUGUCAAGGCGGAUGAGAAGGAUGAUUUCAUGGUGUGCAAACUCAAGGCGCGUUUGAAUCUGCACGGCAUCCUCAACCUCGAGAGCGGCUACUACGUCGAGGAUGUCGAGGUGGAGGAGCCGGAGCCGGAAGCAAAGAAGGAUGGCGACGCCAUGGAGACGGACCAAGCCAACGGCUCUGCUGAAGCGAAGCCCAAGAUGCGCAAGGUCAAGAAGCAAGUGCGCAAAGGCGAAUUGCAGCUUGUUUCCGGAACUGGGUCGAUGGAUGAGUCGGCCAAGGCCCAAAUGAGCGAGCAGGAAAAUGCCAUGUACAUGGAAGACAAGCUCGUGACCGAUACCGAAGACAAGAAGAACGAGCUUGAGGCGUUCAUCUACGAGCUCCGGGGCAAGAUCGAGGAGCAAUACGCAGACUUUGCCAGCCAGGAAGAGAAGGACAAGAUCCGAGAAAAGCUGGAGAACACUGAGGACUGGCUGUACGACGAAGGAGAUGACGCCACCAAAGCACAGUACAUCGCCAAGAUGGAAGAGAUCCGAUUCGUUGCAGGUCCAGUGAUCCAGCGAUACAACGACAAGCUCGAAGAGGAGCGACAAGCAGUGCUCAAAGCGCAAGAAGAGGAAGCGGCUAGAAAGAAAGCAGAGGCGGACGCCAAGAAGAAGGAAGAGGAAGCGAAGAAAGCGGACGGCCAGCCCGACGAGCCCAAAGAUACCGAGAUGAAGGAUGCACCGGACGGCGAGGCGAUCAAGCCUGAUAGUGUGGAGGAGAAGUAG